AUGUUUCCGAGCCCCAGCACGUCCACUCCCUUCUCUGUCAAGGAUAUAUUAAACUUGGAGCACAGCCAUGAGCUCAUGUCUUCUCUGGAGCUUUCUUCUCGCAUGGAUUGUUGUAGCUCCGCCGUCACCUCCACCUUACCUUCUUCCUGCUGUAUGCUGGGCCGUCUCAAGCACGAGCCCGUGCGGGACAUGUCCACGGGGGUCCCGCUUUUCGACGAGGAUCUCCACCAGCAGGAGCCCAAAUUCACCGCAGCCAUUUACGGGAAAGCGCUCACGCAGAUGGACGUGGUGAAGGAGGAAGCGGCGGGCCUAUUAGAAGACAAAAAUGUAAAAGAAAUGCCAUACAUUCCUCCGGCCGAGCCCUCAGACGACACGAAGCCCGACGAUCCAAACCGACCGAAGGCCCGCAGACGCCGGAAGCCGCGGAUACUGUUCUCGCAGGCUCAGGUGUACGAGCUGGAGCGUCGUUUCAAGCAGCAGCGCUACUUGUCCGCCCCGGAACGGGACCACCUAGCCGGGGUCCUCAAACUCACCCCGACCCAGGUGAAGAUCUGGUUCCAGAACCGGAGGUACAAGUGUAAGCGGCAGAGGCAGGAUCAGAGCCUGGAGAUGGUGUCCCUGCCACCGCCCAGGAGGGUGUCGGUGCCGGUGUUGGUGCGGGACGGCAAGCCUUGCGUGGCGGCCGAGCCCAGCCCGUGCAACCCGCCCUACUGCGUGGCUCACGUUAACCACUUCGCUUACAACAACUACCCGCAGUUUAGCGGCUACGCCAACUCCACCUGCGGCACAAACUAUGCGUGCACUUACCCCACGACCAGCAUGCAAACAGGGGCGCCCAAUAACGGGAAUUACGUGAACUUUGGCGUGGGGGAUUUCAACAACGCGCAGCCAACCUUUCCCUCCUCUAAUGGAGGGACCGCACUACAUGGCAUUAGGACUUGGUAA